AUGGCUAUGGGUGCCUCAUCGUCGGCUAUUGUUGUCACCGCUGUGGUGGCAGCUUUGGCCAUGGGUGCUGGACUUAUUAUAGGAUACCUUCUUCGUCCCCAGGUGUCGAGUAGGCAGAGCUUUGACUUUAACACAGUGAGAAAUAGGACACUUGGUAGAUUGCUCCAGACUUGUGGGGAUGCGGCGAGGGAUGAACCGGAGAUUCAGAGGUACUUGUUGUCUCACGAGAUCGAGGCGUGCAAGGCGUACACCUGUAGUGUGCCUCUCCCCAGGACGUACCAGGUGUAUCAUCUUCUAGGGGCAAAGAUCGAGGUGGACGGGCGUCUGGACGAGAAGGCCUGGCAGGAGGUGGCCUGGAGUCAAACAUUUAUUGAUAUCAAAGGAAGUGACUACCCAGCACCGAGGUUCCAGACUAACGUGAAGGUUCGGUGGGAUGACGAGAACCUGUAUGUAGCUGCCUAUCUGGAGGAGACGGAUGUCUGGGCCAACAGAUCCCUGCACGAUACAACAGUGUACCAAGACAAUGCAUUCCAGGUCAUGUUAGACACCGAGCAGAGCAACCACAAAUACAAAGAAAUAACAAUGAACGCAUUGGGAACAGUAUCCGAUAUCAUGCUGACAAGGCCAUAUAUGGAUGACGGAGAGCCCCUCAGUUUCUGGGAGAGUGACGUCAUAAGAGGAGUCCACACAGACGGACCAAUCAAUGACCCCAACGUCAAGAAUAAAUUCUGGACCCUGGAAAUGUCCAUUCCAUUUAAAACGCUUUUCGCUGGUAUCAAGAGAAACUCGGAUGUUCCAAGUGAUAGAGAAACAUGGCGGGCCAACUUCGUAAGAUCCGAAUGGAUGACAGAAGUUGUUGGAGGAAAAUAUCACAAGAGACUUGAUAUGGAGGCUGACUGGUGGGUGUGGAGUUCACCCGGGGUGUCCAACAUUCAUCUACCCGACAAAUGGGGUCUCCUCCAGUUCAGGAAGCUACCCGUCAACUCCACGCAGUUUGUCACCUCAACAGACUGGGUCACAAGGAACGCACUGCUGGAUGUUUACAGAGCUGAGAAGGCAUACAGAGCUACAACGGGAAGGUAUACCGAUAAAUUGGAGCUGUUAAAACUACCACCAUAUGUGUUGUCCAAGAGGUGUGUCCGGGAUAUGGAGGUUAAACUGGACUGGGGCGGCUUCCGGGCAACAGCAUUUCCGGUUGACGAGAAGAUGAAGGAAGGUCACACGCGGACGGACAGAUACGUGUGGUUUGGCGAGAACAAUGAAGAGUUGUACUGAGCCACGACCGCACGGACACUUGGACAGUUGGACUCUCGGACAUAGUGAGGAAACUCACACAUUUGUGUUGGGGUAGUGGAAUGAAGAAUUCCUUAGUGCCAAACACUUGGUAGGAUCUGAUGCUACAACGUCCGUGAGAAAACACUCACUGAUGCUAUUUCCACGACACCUUCCCACAACUGAUGAGAUUACGUGUGGAGACACGUUUUGAAAUCAUGUCCUGUACAUUACCGCUGUGAUUUGGCAAAACCGUAUACUCUUCCAAAUAUAUGAAAGAUUUUAAAUGGAGAUUUUAAAUGACAGAAACAUCUGUAGAUAGUUUUAUCAGAGACCAUAUGGUCUCCGGUUUUAUUAACACUUGUGUAUACAGACGACUGUCGUCUGAUUAUUGGGACUAAUAUUGUAUAAUUCUCGACUGUUAUACAGGACAGAGGCCUACGAUAUAACUUGCAAGGUUUUGUACAUAUUUUAUACUAUAGAUAGUUGAUUUGUUACAAAAUAGUUAAACCAGCCUGUGGAUUCAUAUCGCAUUCUGUUGAAAGUUCACACUGUAUAUAGACUAGAACGAUCACUCAAAGGGCUGUAUGUCUUAUUAGAGUAAACACUAGGUCUUGUGUUCCGAUUCAUCACGACAAAGUAAGACUUCCUGCUGUGACAAAAUAUCGAGUUGACAAUUUUAA